GUCGCACCUUUGUUCUUCUGUCAUCUUGGGCGAAUAGAUUGGCAGCUGCCGGCGCCUUCACCAUGAUCGCUCGUCCUCUACUCCGGUCACCAACAGUCUACGGCGUCGAGAGUGGGCGUGGCCAUGUUCUCCGAAGAAGCAUCCACAUCUUCCGCGAUGUUGCCGACGUUCGCAGGCGCCGUCGAGGUCUUCAGCAAGGCGGAGAGACGGUAGGACUGGUGCCGACGAUGGGGGCGCUGCACGAGGGCCACAUGUCGCUGGUCAGAGCUGCGGCGCGAGAAAACAGCAGCGUCUUCGUGUCCAUCUACGUCAAUCCCACGCAGUUUGGCCUGCACGAGGACCUCGACAGCUACCCGAAGACAUGGGAGAGCGAUAUGGCGAAGCUCCAUGAACUGCAGAAGGAACUAAAGGUGACACAGAAAGAAACGGGUCAGGGCUACGGUAGAAUCGAGGCCGUCUUCGCGCCCACCACGAAAACAAUGUAUCCCACGACGCCCCCGGACUCGAGUAUUCCUGGCCAGGGCUCGUUCGUGACCAUCACACCUCUCGGCAAUCUCCUCGAGGGCAAGUCUCGACCCGUGUUCUUCCGCGGCGUGGCUACCGUGUGUAUGAAGCUGUUCAACAUUGUCCAGGCGGAUCGCGUCUACUUUGGCCAGAAAGACGUGCAACAGACGGUGGUCAUCCGAAGACUGGUUGAGGACUUUCAUCUGGGUUGCGAAGUUCGGAUCUUGCCUACGGAAAGAGAAGCAAGCGGACUGGCGCGCAGCAGCAGGAAUGCCUAUCUUGGGAGCAGAAGGAGGGAGGCUGGCCUAGUAUUAUACAAAGCGCUCGACAAGGCACAACAAGCGUAUCACGAGGGCGCUACAAAGCGUAACGACGUCUUGACGCAUGCGUGGGCUGAAAUCAAUGCGAGACAACAGGCGCAAGAGGUGAAGCCACCGACGGAAAGGGCCAUGUUUGAAGUGGACUACGUAUCGCUCGCAGAUCCAGAUACCAUGGAGGAAGUGGACAAUGUCGAUGUCAGCAAGGGUGCGGUCUUGAGUGGUGCGAUCAAGAUGCUGCCUCUGGAGGCGACGCGGGAAGGAGAGAUGUUGGGACUAGGGGAUGAUAAAGUGCCAGUUCGCCUGAUUGACAACUUCAUUCUUCCUGCAAGAUGAAAUUGAAAUAUGGACGAAAACAUGAUGAGCAAACCAUGACAAGAGUCACGACAGGAACGGAUGCCUGCUACCACAUCGGCCUUGAGAGCGUUUGACGCGCAAUACUCGGAAGAAAUGACAGUCGACCACCAUGCCCAUUUCGAGUGUAGGAGGUAUUGACGCUUCGAGAAGUAAUGAUGCAUCCACACAAAAGCUGGUUCUUGGUCCAGUUGCCGACAGAAGCCGUUUUAUGGUCAAGUCUGUGGAGACUCCACACUUUAUCCGUCUCCUGUGGGGAAAGUCUCGUCGGCUUUCCUCUUUGGCACGUCGGACAGCGUGAAAAGGGUGGUACGGUGUUACGCCUGCAGUGUAAGUUCCUGCAACAUCACAUUGGCUUCCCGCAUGGGGCGAUGGUAGCAUAUAAGUGAACAAAUGGACCCAAUAUUGCGGUCUUCCCGGACUUUUUUCACCCAG